AUGCCAAAUAAACCGCACAAAUCGGGCGUGAAGCUAUUUGUGCUAUGUGAUUCACAUGGCUACUCAUAUAGAUUUGAAAUUUUCAAUGGUGCAGGUAAUAAUGUUGUUGUUCCUGGAGCUCCAGAUCUAGGUGCUACUGCUAACGUAGUUGUCCGUUUAUCUCAGACAAUACCCGAUUUUGUGCAUCAUAUCGUGUAUUUUGAUAAUUUCUACACCACAUUGCCUUUGCUAGUGUACCUUCGUGCGCGUGGAAUUUAUUCAUUAGGCACAGUUCGUGCAAAUAGACUGCCUAAUUGCAAGCUACCGUCAGAUAAAGAUCCAGAAAUGACAAAAGCAGCUAGAGGUUAUUCCACUGAGUAUGCUGCCACAGCUUACGGCAUCGAUUUAUCAACAGUACUAUGGAAAGAUACAAGAUGCGUUCGUUUAGCAUCUACAUAUGUAGGAAUAACUCCAUUUUCGCGAAGCACGGGUGUUCCGGAAAUAGCGAAAAUUUCGAGAUAUAAUAGGCAGGAGAAGAAAUACGUAAACGUUGAUUGCCCACAGAUUAUUAGAGAAUAUAACGCUCACAUGGGGGGUGUUGAUUUGAUGGACGGCUUGAUGGGUAGAUACAAAAUAACAUUGAAAACUCGUGAUGUUAUGACACGUAUUUUUUACCACCUGGUUGAUAUGACCAUCACAAAUGCCUACAUUCUGUACAAAAGAGCGAAUUUCGAGAAACAGAAAGAUCCAUCACAACCCAAAACAGAAGAGCACUUACUAUCAUUGCCCGAAUUUCGUUUGGAUUUGGCUGCUGCUCUUUGUGCAUACACGAAAAAAAGACCUGUUGGUAGACCGUCUACUGCACCAGAGGAACUUGAGCAGCCAAGUGUAUCCGGUCAACGAGCCCGGUCUGCCACUGGAUAG